AUGGGGAACACCCCGCCCGAGUCGCCUCGUGGCGAGGUAACGGGGACGAUUCCGGGAUCCGGCGUGAAUAUUUACGACCAGAAUUUCUACGCCGCCGCCGAACAGCAGCAGCUCCAAGCCCAACAGCAGCAGGCGCCAGAGCAGCUCAGUUACGUCAUCGGUGGCAGCCCCGGCGCAGGCGGUGGCUAUGGAUCUCCGUACGGAAACGUCAACCCGAAUCUUCCUCAAGCUGGUUUUCCGCGCGAGCGCCACAUCGACUCGCUUCCUGUGUCCGCAAGUCCCUACCCGAUCCCUGGAUAUGAUCCGAGCCGAGAUUCACGCUACACCACACCAGUUUUACAGCACCAAAACACGACCAGAAGUACUACAGGUGGACUGACCAUGGCGGCGCAGCAUGAUCAAUAUGUGCUGCAACAGCAGCAGAGCCAGCAGAACCUUGGAAAUCUGCAGUACAACACGCCUGUCCCAUACGACUACAGCACGCCAUUGCCGCCAAACCACGCACUUCCGCAGCAGGGAGGGAACAGUGUGAACCUCAACCAGUACCCCCAGGACUACUACAUGACACCAGGAAGCGUGAUGUCUCACCAGUCGGGGUCGACAUUUGCAAACAUGCCGGCGACGUCCAGUUCCUCUUAUCGAAUGAACAACGGCAGCACAUCUGGUACAGGCAAUUCCGAUUAUUACAACAUCAACGGCAGUGUGGUCCACGAACAAACAGUGUCGCACCAAGCAAGUUCAUACAGCGCCGCCGCCGGUGGGCCAGGUCCAGCCGACACUCCAAAUGAUUAUCCCGGGUCCAUUAGCCGGAACCUCGGUUCCGGCGGCGCGGCGGAUCCGAACGCGAAGUUUGUGUCCAGAAUCUUUUCCAACGAUUUGGUCUUUACGCCAAAGAAACAGCCAUCGGGUACCGCCCCUGGACGAAUAUCAACUCCCGCAACGUCGUCGAGCUUAAUCUUCGGUGCGACGGCGGGUAGCAAUGUCAUACACGAGAACUAUGGGAGCGCGGCCGUUGUUUCAACCCCAGGGGGUAGUGCUUCUGGCGGCCCUGGUGCUCCACCGCCCAUUCAAACGGGCGGGUCGAUUUUGUUCGGCAGCGCGACAGGCACACCAGCAGCUCCUGGUUCGGCGCAAAAACGCCAUCAAUUGGGCUUCGAUUAUAACGCAACCUCUGAUAGCGAUUACAACAGCACACUCACACCUGCGGGAAAUUCGUCUAUUCUUUUCCCGUCGAACAAUACGUCAAACGAACAGCUUGAUCGGCUAGGAAGCGCUGGUCAACAAGCUGCAACAGCCGCGGGGAUGAAUCCGCACCAGGGUGCGACAGCGCUGCUCCACAAGUUUCCAGCCGGCAAUAGAACAUCGGCCACAGCAGGUGAUGGCGUAGAGCCUCCACUGUCGCAAGAGGACGAGGAGAUGUACCGUGUGCAGUUUUUCCGGCACAGGAGUAAGGUAAGAGAGAUGGAGCAGAAGGUUUUACUCUUGAGACAAAAAGUUGCGGAAAUCGAGCAGGCUGCCGCUCUGGAAAAGGACUACGCGGCAGAGCGAGCAGAAGUGGCGGACACAAACUUGAAACUGAUUCAGGAGUACAGUGCUUUUUGCUUGUUUCACAUCCUUGUCUGCUUAAUCUAUCAUGCAAUUUCUCCCUGUUCUUGACAUACACAUCAAUUGACAAGGAGCCAGAACGCAACAUGUAAAAUUGCAAGUUUCAGCUUCUGUUGACACAUAAGGUACGACGAGAAAAUACGUGUUCUAAACGAGCAAACGCACACCGCCACGAUGGACCUGAUCGAGGAGAAACGAAAAAGGAUAGACCAGAAACAGCACCUCUUGCAGCAGUUGUCAGCCAGCCAAAGCCAGGCAGCAAUGGAGGAGGAGGCUGAGGUAGCAUGUUCCUGUUGUGUUGCUGAAAUUUUCAAUAUCAUUGCGGAAAACGCAUGAGCCCUUGAUUUGUACUAUCGAAAAAAUUGUGCUGCACCUCCCACACCUACCGACAGAAUGCCAUCCCCGAGGAGAACCGCGAGUCGAUCAAGCAGGCCGAGGAAGAGAUCGACCGGCUGCGGAGGCAGCACGCGUCCCAAGAGGCUGAGUUUGAGGAGCUGAAAGACACGGCGGAGCAGGAGAUAGGCGCGUUGCUCGACGAGUAUCAAAAGCUCGCCCCCGAGGAUGAGGAAGACGUCGGACCCGAGGCAAGCGAUACCGCCGGCACUGCGCAAGAGCUGCCACCAGGAAUGAACGAAGCUAGCGAGGAUCGCGCGUCGCGUUCAGUGAAAGACGUCGACCAGCAGUUGCUCGACCCCUACAGUGGUGUGGUUCCUCCGCAGGAUAGUAAUUCUGCCGGGUCUAAAGACCACCACUUUUCCAGCGCGGAAGCGGUCCGGAGCCCGUCGGGUGCGCCGAUCCCCUCUGCGUCGUUUUUGCCAGCGGUCGUCGGAACAGGCUCUGUAUUACUGCAGCAGCAAGCAGUACCCGGGCAGCACUAUCAACCCGUAGAAGCGCAGCAGGGUCCGGCGGUGGAGCAGGUGAUACUCGCGUCCCCAGAGGUCUUCCUGCACCACCAGAAUGCGUCGAGCUAUGGGAACACUAGUAACGCAGGAGGGAACAAUUCCAAUUCUGGUUUUUUGCCUGGGUCCUCCUCCUCGCCGGACCAGCACAUCAUACUCUCCAGUCCGCCUGAUGUCAAUGCGACCCAGCAGCAGUACCGUGUGGUUGACGGAACGGCUGGCACGACCGAGCCUGCGGCUCGAGUGUCGACCGAAUUUCGUACCGCAAGUCGCAUUCAGCUGCCGAUAUCGUGAGGAACAGGAGAACUUUUUCAAGCUUCGUGAAUUCGGUCUUUUCGUUUGGAAAGCGAAGGCUGAAUUAUAUACCACAGGGCUUGCACGAAAUACAGCAUUUUUGCAUUUUUUUCUGGCCGCUAGGGCAAGGGAGCAACUUUCCUUUGCAGUAGUCACUGUGCGGAUGAGUACUUUGAUGGAUUCUCAGGAAUACAUAGACAGCGGCGGUGUGACAGAAGAGCGUGCGCCAUUCGAAGCCUGCUGAUUUUGAUCGUUUUCAGGUGUUCUUUCCUCACCCCUCGAGAAAGCGCAAAUUUGUGCUCGGUUGAUUUACGAAGAGAAAGCGCAGACCUUUCGGUUGAUUCUUAGUGCCAGUGCUAAAAAACUGAAAGUUUG